AUGGGUCUUGUUACGAAGAAUGUAACAAAGAAAAAACUUGCCAAACUUGGCAAACUUGCUCUCAAAAGGGAUCCCAACUUGAAGCGACUGGAGAAGGCUGUGCAGAAACUUGAUAAAGUUUCGGCUGAUGUUACUCCUUUCAUUCUUCUUUUACACAGCACGAGGCAGGAACAGACGAAGCAGGAGGUUGAUUUCUACAAAGAACGUGAAACAGGAUCCUUGCCUACUACAAAUGAUCUCAUCGGUAGAGGCGAGGCUAAGGAGUUUGUUACGCAGUGGUUGAAGAAGCUAUCAAAUGAGCAUCAGGACAGAAACAUUUCUCUUCUAUCAAUAGUGGGCCAUGGUGGUAUGGGAAAGACAACUCUCUUGCAACAUGUCUAUGAAGAUGAAAUGACAAAGGAAUUUGAUCUUAAAAUGUGGGUUUGCGUUUCAAACAACUUUGAUGUGAAAAAAGUCAUUGCAGAUAUGUUAUCAACUCUUAAGAAGAAGAGGCCUCGUUUGGACGACACACUUGAUACACUUCAAAAUAGUCUUAGGACUGAGAUUAUGUCCAAGAAGUUUUUACUUCUUCUGGAUGACAUUUGGGAGGAGGAGGAGAACCGGGAUAUCAGCAAAUGGGAGAAGGUGCUCGCCCCUCUGGCUUAUGGGAAAAUUGGUAGUGGGAUUUUGGUAACCACUCGAAUGGACUCAGUUGCAACUAUGAUUGCAAAGGUGAUUAAAAAGGAGAAGGAAACAUUUCAAUUACAGGGCUUGGAGGAAGAUCAAUGUUUGAAGCUCCUCAAGUCUCAUGCAUUUGCUGAUGUAGAGAAUCCUAAUGAUUAUAAAAGAUUAAUAUUCAUUGCUGGAGAGAUAGUUAAAAAGCUUUCAGGAUCUCCUUUGGCAGCAAAGGUCAUCGGUGGUGUUUUGAAUUCUAGCUUGGAUGAAAGACAUUGGACAAAAGUUUUAAAUAGUGAUUUUGUAAGUCCAAAAUCAGGUCAGGAUGACAUCUUUCUCAUUUUAAGAUUGAGCUAUAUGCUCCUCCCUAAACAUCUACAGUAUUGUUUCGCAUUUUGUUCUAUAUUUGGACAAAAUUAUAGAUUUGAUAAAGAUGAUUUAGUCCGAAUGUGGAUUUCAUUGGGUUUCAUUCAGCAACCUCAUGAUCAAGAAUGGACUAUGGAGGAUAUUGGAGGAAGGUAUUUUGAUGAUUUGGUUAAAAAUUCUUUCUUUGAUAAGUUUGAAGAUGGACGAUACUACAAGAUGCAUGAUUUAAUACAUGAAUUGGCACAAUCAGUUUCCGUAAAUGAAUGUUUAAGAGUUGAGGAUGGUACAAAGUUGCCUUCUAUAAUUCCAAAGACUCUUCGACACUUGUUUGUUAAAACUACAAAUCCAGACAUCAUAAAAAAGAUUGGACAGUUUAAAUAUUUGCAUUCUAUGUUCUUGAUCUAUGAAGCUUCUAAUCAGGAUCUUUGCAAUGCACUUAUUGAAAACUUCAAAGCAUCAAGAAGCCUACGCUUAUUAUACAUACAUGCUUCAGCAAACUUAGAAAUCAUACUUGAGCAUAUUGGAAAUUUGAUACAUCUUCGAUACUUAAUGAUUGAUGGUUAUAAUUUGACUAUGAUGCCAAGAUCUCUAAGUAAUCUCUAUCACUUGCAAUACCUAAUCUAUGAUGGCACAUGGGAAGGUGAUUAUUUUUUACCAAGUGAAAUUAAUAACCUUUCUAACUUGCAUUAUGUGGAAUUGCCCGGGAAUUGUAUUUCAUCGAUACGUGGGAUUGGGAAGCUAAAGUCUCUUCAAGAAUUGAAUAUGUUUGAUCUUAGAGAUGUGAGUGGUUAUAGAAUUGGGGAGUUGGAGAAUAUGAAUGAACUUUGCAAAUUAGGAAUCAAUUCCCUUGACAAUAUUAAGGAUGUUGAGGAGGCUUGUAUUGCCAAAUUAUGUGCCAAGAGGAGGCUCACAGAGUUAACCUUAUGUUGGAGUAACACUGAUUCGAGGAACAUCGAUUUAGAUGAGACCGUGCUCGACAACCUUCAGCCACCAAAAUGUCUAAGGAAUUUUUGUAUAAGAAAUUACAUGGGUGCAAGGUCUGCUAUAUGGAUGAACAAUGUCAAUCCGAUCUUCAAUCUAGAGAAAAUCAAAUUGACAGUUUGCUUGGAGUGUGAAACUCUUCCACCUUUUGGGCAACUUCCCUUCCUCAAGCAUCUAAAACUUUAUGACAUGCCGAAAGUAAAAUGA